AUGUUCUGUGUGUACCCAGCUUAUCAAAUGCUUUUCACUAGAGCAAGCCGCACAUUGUACGAGAUUCCAGUACUCAUGAUACUUCCGAUCGUCCGACUGGUGUUAAAGCUGAUGUUCACGCGUGCAGCUGCACAUAAAGAGGAUAUGAUUCCAGUUCAAGUCGUGUUCACGGUUGACUUUUUCGACGCAUUUUAUUUUGCCUCGUUUAUUCAAUCGCUGUCACCAUUGGCAUUAGCUAGUGUGAUGGCUAUCGAUCUAUUGCAGACAGCAAGCGAGAUCCACGAGUUGCGCCAACGAGCACAGAGAAUUCUAUCCCGGAUCAGUCGACUGCCUACUAUGGAGCAACAAAACGAUGAUCUUCUUGACGCGGUUAAGGAAAUGUGCAACAGAGUUGACAUCCUUGGUAUCCAAUUUACAAAAACGACUCAAGUGCGUUCGUGUAUUUAUCAUCAACUGUCGGAUGAAGGUAGGGGAUUACUGGACAAACUUGAGAGGUAUUUGUGCACCAAAUCUUCCAGUAAUUUGUACCAGCAUAACCUUAAAACGCUUUCAAGAGUGGCGUUCAAUGUUAAUGAUGUUGUUCCGAACAAUCAAACUUCGAAAGCAAAAUGGAUAAAGUGUUGCUUUCGCGGGAAAGCAGCUGUUGAGCCAGUCUUCUCGAAGCCACCUUUAAUUUCAUCUCCGAGGAUUGAGGACACAAUGUCGGAGAUGCAGAAAAGCGCCAGUCGAAAACAAUCAGCGGUGAAUACUUCGAUUGUUUUACAAGAAGCGCUCGAGGUGUUAUUUACUUCCGAAUGCUUAGUUCUGUCCGAGUACAUGGAGGUCAUUGUCCCCACUGUUUACGGAAUUUUUGUGCUGGUUAUGAUACGCCUUCCUAGCGCCCAAUACCACACAGAAUUGACUGGAGUGAAUUGUGAUAAUGUCAUAAGCGUCGUUUCACGGAUAUUCGCGUACGCGUUGAUGGAGUUCGGGUCCUUUAUUAUUCUCGCGGUACUCAAGAGGAAAACUUGUGGGAUUAAAGCACUCUAUCAACUGGCUUUUGUAUUGGAAACGCAAACGCUAUUUGUCCAGUCGACACUGAUGAUGUGGAUACUGUUGACCUUGACAUAUCGCGUGGUGCACUUUGGUUGUGACUUCACGUUCCGGUUCGAGUGGAUUAAACUCAGCACAUGA